AUGUUUUUAUUAUUACAUUUUUUACUCGUUACUAGCGCUUAUGCCAAACUCGCGAUCAAUUAUGACUCGUUUACUGGAACACAAAUAAGCCUGGAGGAGGUGAAAAGACAAGACAAAAAGAACACAACGUUUUGGUGCACCACUCAAAUAGAGCCUUGCGAUCCAGAAGAGGGACGACGAGUAGAUGGGUCGUGUAACAACUUGCGAUAUGUCACACGAGGUGCAUCCCACACGCCCACUUACAGAGUACUACCCGCUGUCUACAAUAAAAAUUUCGAGCCAAGAUUAUCAAAGUCCGGCCACUCAUUGCCACUGGCAAGGUUCCUGAGGACAAGUCUCCUGGCUGAGGGUAGAUUACCUGAUCGGCAGUUGACAACGCUCGCAACUAACUUUCUUGUUUUUAUGACCGCAGAUGUGCUCUCUUUGCACGACACAGUUAAGUUUAUCCUUUGGAAGCCGUACUGCUGCCAACCAAAAGGCAAGACGGAUAGAGAUUGCGUCCCAAACAAAAUACCCGACGAUGAUCCAGUUCAUCGCUUCUCCAAUAUAAGAUGUCUGAACAUGACCAGACCUGAAAGUUUUCAAUCUAUCGGUUGCAUCAAAAAUGACACAGUUCCUGAAAGGAUUAUAUCGGCAACACCGACAUUUGAUCUAUCAACAGUAUAUGGCAGUACAUUAAAAUCAUUAUUGGAGAAAGGCCGCCUGUUCCAAGGUGGGCUGUUGAAAUAUGAAGUGGACAACGACAGAAUCUGGCCACCUAGUAUAAAAACAGGAGGGGGUGUAUGCUUCUUGAACCAAAAACCGCAGGAAACCCGAUGUCAUAAUACACCUGAAGACGGUGCAAACAGUUUAGCGGGAGUUAAUUUGUUAAGCGUUUGGUUUUGGAGACUUCAUAAUUUCAUUGCCACUGGACUGUCUAAGGUCAAUCCUUGCUGGAACGACGACAAGUUGUUCUACACGGCUCGUGAUAUAAAUAUUGCUAUCUUUUCGCAAAUAUUCUUCUAUGAACUAUUGCCUGUAUAUUUUGGUCAUGAAAAUCUAUUUAGAGAUGGAGUUUUAUCACCCACGCCUGGAUUCAGAGACAAUUACAACGAAGAUCUCUUCCCACAAAUAUCGCUAGAGUUCCCAUAUGUUCUUCGUUGGUUCCAUACAACGCAGGAAGGAAAUAUGAACUUAUACGACACCCAGGGCAACUAUUUGAAAAAAGUUCCAAUUGUAAACAUGACUCUAAGGACUGGGUUCUUCGGUGUGGGCGACAAUAUGGAUUAUGUAACGCAAGGAAACUUUAGGCAAGCAGCGGCUAAGGCAGACUAUAUCGUCGAUCCUGACGUCGUAGAAGUGGGUCUAGGUGCACACCAACGCGCUUCAGAUAUUUUAACGAACGAUUUGGCGAAGAACCGGUACUUUGGUUUCCAGCCGUAUAUUAAAUACAGAGAAUUUUGUUUCAAACAAUCGUUCAAAACAUUUGAUGACUUACUUCAUGCUAUUGAUCCAGAGAGAGUCGAACUGCUCAAAGAGGUGUAUGAGAAUGUGGAAGACAUAGAUCUAAUGGCUGGAAUAUGGCUCGAGAGACUGAUCGAGGGCGGUCAAGUACCACCUACUUUGUACUGUAUUGUAGUGGAACAAUUGCUCAGGGUUCUAGCGUCAGACAGACAUUGGUAUGAGCGUCCACACCGACCGAACGCAUUUUCAUAUGAACAACUGCAGGAGAUAAGGAAAGCCACGGUGGCGCGCUUGUUAUGUGACGUAGGCGAUAAAGUGACCCAUAUACAACGUCAAGCGUUCUACAGGAUAAACCCAAACAAUCCAUUGUGCAAUUGCGAGAAUAUUGAUUUUGUUAAUCUCUGGGCGUGGAAAGACCCGAAGUGUGACAACCAGAGUUCACAAUUUGAUGCGUUCUACAAUUCAGCGCUUUUUUUCCACAACCAGUUCAUGAAACUAAAAACAAAUGAAUGA